UAGCUCCCCACCAGAGAACCGUAUCCAUGGGUAAUCCCUGCCUGCCGUGCCUCCCCUGAAACCGAGCUGGACGUAGUUGCAAGAGAGAAACUUAUCCCUGGCAGGGAAAAAUCCGCGGGUCUAUAGCUCUGGUUUGACUCCGUUUCACGGUAAAGGAACCCGGCCAUGGAGGCGGAGCGAGCAGAGCCAUGCCCCUUCUGCCGCCUCGAGGCCUCGCCCACUUUUGAAUUUCCCCUUUCUCGCAUUUUCGUCCCCUCCUCGAACCAUCGUUCCUGCUCUGACAACGUCUCUUUUCAAACAACGGCUGGGUCUCCCACUAACCGAGGCGCCUCCACCCGCAAAACGAAAAAGUCCGAACGCCGCAGUCGACGAUGGUCAAAGUCAGUCGGCACGGAGAGCUCGAGUCGAGUAGAGGCUAGUCCAGGUUAGCUGGCCGGGAGAUCCAUCGAUCCGUCGAUCCUCGGCUCACCUGUCAAACGCGUCAACGCAUCCUACUUCACGCGUUUCCGUGAUUAUUCUUGGAGAAUUGUCGUCGAGUGUGACUCGAAGAUCAUCGGAUAGCUGCAUUUUCGAUCGCUUCAUUUUCUUCGACGUCGAGUCGUGUCGAUGAGAUCGUGUGGAAUCAGUGACAGAGACAUUUCCUCGAAUCACGGACACUCGCACUUUAUUUCUCCUCUUGCAUCAGUAACGAGAUACACGACAAAGGUAUCGGCAAGAUGAGAGCAUAGAAGAUCCAACAAGAUUUAGUCAGAGUGAUUCAGUGAAGAGAUAUAGAUUUGCAGAGGUGUUCAAUCGCGGUCUAAGAAUGACAGUACUAAGGAUGACCUCCCCGGUGACGCCUCCAUCGAGCAGUCCAGGUUCCCACGAGGCCCAGGCGCCCCAGCCGACUUCGAAACCGGUGCAUCGAUUGAGCUUUUCCGUCGCCGCCUUGUUAGCCGACACUAAAAAGUCGGACUCCUCCAGACAAGAAACGUCCUCCGUAUCGCCCAGAUCGUCACCCUUGGCCUCUUACUCCCCUGUGAGACAGGAGAACCUACCGGUCAGUCCGAACUCAGCGUUACAAAAACAUCCAGGUGAUUACAGAUCGAGAUACCUGUCGGUGUCUCCGAGCGUCCAGGAACAUAGACGGAUCGCAUACGGCUCCCUGGACGCGAGGACUCUAACCAGGUUUCCCGAGAUCGAGGUGGACAGGGUAGAAUCCCCCGGUCAACGCUCCAGAACGCUGGAUUACGCGAUUCGAACGUCCACGGACUCCGGAUCCACGUCGGAAGUCGCAGCACCGUGUUCCUCGUCUCCCAAAAUCGUCACAGUCGGUCACUCGGAUUUCGGUCCUCAAUCUCCCAGAAGCAGCUCUCACGAAGCCAGGUCCAGGUGUUCGGAACCGGAAGACAUCGAGGAGGAGGACGAGAACAGUCUAGUCGACGUGGAGGACCUGCAGCAUCAGCAUCAGGGAAGCAGUCCGACGCCGGUCAGACCGACUCCGGCGUAUAUCGGAGGAUUUUCCAGUUUGGGGAGCAUCUCUGGCAUUCCAGCCGGGCUACAUCCCGCGGUUUGGGGUGGCGGACAUCAGGGUGCAGCGGCAGCAGCAGCAGCCGCCGCCGCCGCCGCUGCCACAGCGAGCUUCUUCCCCUCGCACUUCUCUCAUCACGCGCCAUUAAACGAGAACGGAGAACCGGCCAAGAUCAAGUGCAACCUGAGGAAACACAAGCCGAACCGGAAGCCGAGGACGCCUUUCACCACGCAACAAUUGCUCGCGCUCGAGAAGAAGUUCACCGAAAGGCAAUACCUCAGUGUCGCCGAGAGGGCCGAGUUCUCCUCCUCUCUUCAUCUCACCGAGACCCAGGUGAAGAUCUGGUUCCAAAAUCGUCGCGCGAAGGCGAAGCGUAUGCAGGAAGCGGAGAUCGAGAAAUUGCGGAUGUGUGCGGUCAGGCAGCAGCACACGACGCUGUACGGCUCUCAUCCGGGACUCUUGGCCCCGGCUAGUCUGUAUCCCGUCGGAAUGCUGUCUCAUCCCGGUUUAACGCCACAUCAUCCGAUCUCUCAGCACUCGUCCAGAGAAUGAAAGCGACAGGAGGAGCCAGAGACUCGCCACGAUCGGUAGUGAACCGACCUGUCCUCGAUCCAACGAUCGAUUCUCCUGCGAAACUGUUUCUGGAUCCGUUUGGAACGGAACGAAGAGCGAAGAACGAACGAAUCGAAGGAAGAACGUAGGAUCUGUGAGUUUUGAGAUGUCGGAGGAACAACUAGAGAAACAGACGAAACUGUCGCGAAAUAAAAUUCACAGAGUAUCGAAGAACGGAAGAAGAGGAUGAUCAACGAGAAGUCGAAUUCGCGUAAGAUGAAUCCACGUGUUUCGGCGAGAAAGUGAUUCAGAGCGUAGAGAAGCGCUCGAUCGCAAGUUAGAAGCAUCGACAAGAAGACAAUACCUUCGAAGUGAAAUACCUUUAUGAGAAGUCUAACCAAAGCGGAACGCGUCUCCGAGAAGAGAAAUACGAUUCUGGACGAAUUUGUGGACUCUCUCUUCGCGAUCGAAUCGUUCAAGUAAUGAACUUGUCUAGUGAAAGACGACAGACAGAGAGAGAGAGAGAGAGAGAGAGAGAGAGACCCAAAGAACAAAACUUCACUUCUAUGGGGAGCCAUAGCGUAUCGUGAAUUUGUGCCAAUAUCAGACAUGCUCCCGUGUCUUGUACAUAGAGUGUAAAUAAUCGUUCUCCAGUUGAAAGUUUACGUAGCCUUGUAAAUAGGAUGUUCGCAAGAUGAACGAUAGUUCUAACCUGCAAGGAUCGGUGGAUCGAAACCGCCGAGGCCUGUUUUCCAAUUUUGUAUAAAUGUAAAACCGUCGCCAAGAGAAUAGCAGAGUUUAUUUAAUAAACACACAGUAUAGAAUUAA